GAGGCACAGUGCGUGGAGGUGGAUCCAUCCACACGACGAUCACGGCUGCAGCUCCGCGCGGUACCGGCAGGCGUGUGAGUGUGAGUGUGAGUGAGCUCGCGGCGCCCUUGCCAAUCGGAAUUAUUCUAGUCUUCUAAUUUACGAUCCUUCCGAAGUUGACCGUUUUCGUAGCCGCGUCCACUUGGCCCCCGAAGAUGAGGUUCAACAGGGGUUGCCGCCAGGUGCAAAGCAGCAUCCGAUGGAGUCAUGCUUUGUUGUGUCUAGUUCCUCCACCAACCCCAUGCGACACUUCCUCGCGUUACGCUCACAUUUGACAGAUUCUGAUAUGGACUAUGAGAGGCCUAACGUUGAAACCAUCAAAUGUGUGGUGGUCGGAGACAAUGCCGUUGGAAAGACCCGCCUUAUCUGCGCCAGGGCCUGCAACGCCACACUCACACAGUACCAGUUACUGGCUACACAUGUGCCCACAGUCUGGGCUAUAGACCAGUACAGAGUAUGCCAAGAGGUUUUGGAGCGCUCCAGAGACGUGGUAGAUGAUGUCAGUGUUUCCCUUCGUCUCUGGGAUACUUUCGGAGACCACCACAAGGACAGACGCUUUGCAUAUGGCAGGUCUGAUGUGGUGGUACUGUGCUUCUCCAUUGCCAACCCUAACUCUCUGUACCAUGUAAAGACCAUGUGGUACCCCGAGAUUAAACACUUCUGCCCCCGUGCUCCCGUCAUCCUGGUGGGCUGUCAGCUGGACCUACGCUAUGCAGACCUGGAGGCAGUGAACAGGGCACGGAGGCCGUUGGCCAGACCCAUUAAAUCCAAUGAGAUACUUCCCCCAGAGAGAGGCCGGGAGGUGGCAAAAGAGAUGGGAGUGCCGUAUUACGAAACCAGUGUUGUUGCUCAAUUUGGAGUCAAGGACGUCUUUGACAAUGCUAUCCGAGCUGCACUUAUUUCACGCCGCCACCUGCAGUUCUGGAAGUCUCAUCUCCGGAAUGUACAGCGGCCGCUUCUUCAGGCUCCCUUCCUGCCGCCAAAACCCCCGCCGCCUAUAAUCACUGUGCCGCCUCCCCCGACAACCACAGAAGAGCACCCGGUCGGUCUUCUGGAGGACCCACACUGUGCUGAUGUCAUCCUGGUACUCCAGGAGCGGCAAAAGAUUUUUGCACACAAGAUAUACUUAUCGACGUCAUCCUCAAAGUUCUACGACCUCUUUAUCAUGGAAACGCAAAAUGAGGAGACGGCACGGCCCUCUCGCGGUCCACUCUCGGGCCGAGAGCUGCUGAUGCGUGCCGCCAGCUUUGACGUGUGCGAGAGCAGUGACGAAGGGGACAGGGCCAACCUAAGAGCCUGCACCAGUGACGGAACUUUGAAAGAAUCCGAGGGAGGCAGGCGGGGCCACUUGCUUUCCUCCUGGAGCCGAGCUUUCGUCAGCAUCCAGGAGGAGCUUGUGGAUGACCCCAUAACGUACAGCCCCAGGCCCAUGACUGUAGUACACAUGGACCAGUCCAUGCAGCUGGGACCCUUUCGAGCGGUGCUUCGCUACCUGUACACUGGCCAGCUGGACGAGAAUGAGAAAGAGCUCAUGCAUAUUGCGCACAUCGCCGAAUUGCUGGAGGUGUUUGAUCUGCGCAUGAUGGUGGCAAACAUACUCAACAAUGAAGCCUUCAUGAACCAAGAAAUCACCAAAGCCUUCCAUGUACGCCGAACAAACCGAGUCAAAGAGUGCUUGGCUAAAGGAACCUUCUCUGAUGUAGUUUUCAAGUUAGAUGAUGGAACCAUAAUGGCCCACAAGCCUCUGCUCAUCUCAAGUUGUGACUGGAUGGCAGCUAUGUUUGGUGGACCAUUUGUGGAGAGUUGCACCAAAGAGGUGCUUUUUCCCAACACCACUCGCAGCUGUAUGAGGGCUGUGCUAGAGUAUCUUUACACGGGACGCUUCUGUUCUCGUUCUGACCUGGAUGCAAUGGAGCUUAUUGUUCUUGCCAAUCGUCUCUGCCUCCCCCACUUGGUUGCACUUACAGAACUCUACACAGUAACCGUGCUGACAGAGGCAGCAAUGAUGGGGGCUGACAUUGAUGGAGAGGUUUUGGUGAAUCUGGACAUGGCCCAGUUCCACGGUGCCCAGCAGCUGACUGGCUGGUGCCUUCACCACAUCUGCACCAACUACAACAGUGUUUGCCGCAAGUUCCCCAGAGACAUGAAAGCCAAGUCUGCAGACAACCAAGACUACUUUGAGAAGCAUCGCUGGCCCCCAGUGUGGUUCCUGAAGGAGGACGACCACUACCAAAGAGCAAGGAAGGAGCGCGACAAGGAGGACUACCUGUACCAGAGGCGCCAGUGUAAACGCAAGUGGCUCUUCUGGAACCUUCCUUCAUCCCCCAACUCAAACUCUUCUUCUUCUGGUUCAUCUGCUGUCAUCUGAGCAAGUCGUGAGGCCACGCCCACAAUGGAGGUCUGUGACAACAUGAGGAUGUACAAGUAAUUAUUUAUUGCAAGUUUUCCUCUUUUUUUGUUUGCAUUCAAAUAUUAAGCUUUCGAGAUCCACUUAAUUUGUCUUUUUGAUGCAUACAUUCAAAUAAGUUCUCAACGCACACAGGAAUAAAGUGUCACUCACAAAAACCCUGAUGGCAGACAACCUAUAGUUUAAAAGAGAAUAUAUACAGUAUAUCAUAACUUUCCAUCUGUAUGAUAACGAUCUUCAUCUAACCUGAACUGAUAACCAAGUGCUGCUUAUCAGCUGCAACAACCAGCAAAUCAAAACAGAACCUGAGUCUCAGAGAAAUAGCACUUUGCCCUUAAGUGUUUGGACAAUCUAUCACACAAUGAGUACAGUCUGUCAUCAACAACAGGACCACCCUCUCAUCAACCAUGUGAACUAGAAUUGUGUCUAAAUGUGGCACUAAAAGCACGGGUGUUAUUUUUCUUGAAUGUUUGCAGAGCUAAAAAGUGAGUCUGGAGACGCUCAGUAUUUAUUAUGUGUCGUGAUCUUGUCUGUGGCCACAAAAGGGCUGUCGUUUACAUGAAUGCAUUCUGUGUCCUAAGAAACACACCAAAUUAUCUGUAUUUUGUGUCAAAUGCAAGCAAAAACAAUCAAAUCACUAUUAUCACUAGGGAUGGGGAUAAUGAUCAAUUAGGCGAGCUAUUGAUGGUUAAUUCAUGGGUUAAUAGUCUCCAAAACCUCUAGCCCUUCCUGGACACCUCAUCACACCCAAGAUUCUCCCGGUAGAACAUUACAAGACAGUAUGGUGUCACCAAAAGCUGCUAAUUAGAAAAAAUAAAAUAAAAACAAAAUACAGUGAGAAACAAACCAAUUAAUUUAAACAAAGAUGUAUUGUUCAUUUUUGGUGAUUUGUAUUUCUCACACCUUGCACUAUAUGUGUAAGAUUGUCAUCUGUUGUAUGCGAUUGUUGGUCGGACUGCAGCAUUACAACGUUUUGCAAACAAGAUGUUAAGCGAACAAAGAAGAUUUGUAAAUUGUAUAUUGAAUGUUAGAUUAACUGCCUUAGAAUAAUGUGCAGUUACCUUGUAUUGAGCAGAACAGCAUACUAUAACUGAUUAUUAUGUCAUGAAACAUAGUCUUGACUGAUCGUUUAUGUGCAGCUACUUACUGCUGCGGAAAAAUGACCCAAUGACUUAUUUUGCUGGCCUCCAGUUACAUUACUACUACUUUUAUAUACUGUAGUAUAACUGCAACGUAGAGAUGUUAAAAUUAGAAUUCCACUGGAACAUAGACACUUUUUUAUUAAGGGUACACAAUAGACUCAUUAAGACAUUUUGUUGUUAUUUUUAUUAUGAAAUAUUUUGAGCCCCAGCAUGAGCCUGAUAUGGUAGUGAUAUGAAUCAAAUUAAAAUAUAAACCAAUUUCCUGCUUGUAUGAAUUUAUUGUUACACUUAAUGAAUAGGGUAUCCCUAAAUAGAUGAAUGCCUUUCCAUAAUUUCAAGUGUAGAAAUAUUGCUAAGUGGCAGGACUAGUGCUUCAGAGAGUAGCUCUGAAUUCAUCCCAAUGACAGAUAGUAUGAAACAACACACCACCACUGUUUUACAAUAAAAAGAGUGGAUUUUCUAUCUUCAAACAACAAAAGAUACUUUGUGUUUUGAAUAAAAUAAAUUUUUAAAAAUCUCACCGAAUGCAUACAUGCUUUUCAUUGAACAGAAACAGUAUACUGUAUGUGAAAUCCACUUGUGACUCUGCAUUGUUAAUGAAUAAUUAAUCAGCAGAAUAAUAGGUAUUGAUAUGAUUUCCCCCCCCCCCCCCCCCCCCCCCCCCCCCCAGUGGUGUGUUUCAUUCAUAAACAUGCAUUUUAUGCCUCGACGCAUUGCUUUUAGAGAGUCUGAUGUUUGAUCUGAUGCUGAUGUUUCACAUCGAUGACACCUCAUGCCUUAAUGUACAGUGUCAGUGUAUGGUAUUGAAUGUAAAGUAGUGUUACUUUGUGGGUAUCAAUGUUCAUAUUUCAAAAUGUGAAUGUCAUGCAAUUGUUAUGCGGUUUGAGUGUGCUUGUCUGAACCCUGCAUACCGUUGUUUCAGCUCACAACAGAAAGCAAAUUUAAAAAUCUGGUCAAGACUAAGUUUUAAAAAAAGUUUGCAGCGUUACCCAUCCAAUGGAAGCAGGGAUCUAAAAUUAGUUAUUCCAUUUAAGGUUUAAUCAUUUAAAAAAUAAAAAAUAAAUAGAGUGGCCAUGGGAAAUUAGACCAGACCUGAAAAUUGUAAAUAAUUGCAAGCGAUAUGCUCUCUUGCAUAGUUUAACAUGAUAGUUUUCUACAAUGCAUAUUGACAUAUCUGGCUUUGAAACUUGAAAUUUGCACUGCUUUGUAUCACAAGGUUGUAUUCAAAUGAUAUGAAUCAUUAGAUAUGUAGACAACAUCAGGUAAGAUCAAAAAUAAAAAAAGAUGAUAAAAUUUACUCUAGGGCCCUUUUCCAUGUAUUCGGGUGCUAAUAUUUCCGCUGCAGAGAAGCACAAACCAAAGGGAGCUUAAGCAGCACCAGGAAUAUAUAAAUAUGUAUAUGCUGCACAAUCAGUUUAAGAGGCCUUGUUUGGAAAUUCUGAAAAAAAAGAGACAAACAAAAAAAGAACUUGAAUGUUUUCUCAGUGUUCAAUGGCUUGGUGACGUUUUCCUUAGUCAUCAGGUGGUUUUAUUUCUCAAAAAGCUAUUUGUAUUGUUUGUUGAUCUGGAAUUCUGAAGCAUGUGUUCUUGAAAAUAUGUAAAUAAAUUUACACAAAGAAAUUGA